AUGGAACAAGCCCGUUCCAUGGAUCACAUUACCAAGUUUGUCCCAUCUUCUGUCGGCAGGAGGCAGGCAGGGGGAAAGAAGACACGAGACCGCCAAGCCAAGCAACCACCAGAGAAGGGAGUUAGGAUGGAUAUCGAUAGAGAAAAUUUUGGUCGAUCACUUCUGGAGGUUGUAACAGAAUUUGAUACACAAUGCACCCAAGAAUGUGAGGCAGCAUCAACAUUUUUAGCAAUCGGUGUAAGAAGGAACGACGCCUGCGACGUGUCUCUCGUAUUGAUAUUGGACUUUUCAGCAUGCGUCAACACUACUAAGUAAGGUAAGGUACCUAAGGAUCGGCAUUGACUUCAUGGAAGACCGAUGGAUGAGGAAGGAAAGCAGACUUUAUUACUACCUUCCCUGAAAAUGGAAAGUGGGAGGAACGGUACUUCUUUCAACCUGACAGUGCUAUGAUUGGCUAGAGCAUCUACAAUUGUAAUACCUGACGGCCCUCGGGAUUCACGAAUAAACCGGCACCAUUUGCAUUGCAUUAUUGUCU